CAACUACUGACUCGGCAUCGACUUAAUGCUCUCCAUUCUGAGUUAGUGCAUCUGUACUAAGAUCAAUAAUAUGUGGCUGAACGAUUGCUUGUUCGGUCCUAAGCCAGUCACUGCGUUGCACAGGAUUCCGGCAGUCUCCGGGAAGCCGGUAGCUACGUGGCUGAGAUUUCCUACGUUGAUAGCGGGGACCGGAGAUGGAAUAAAAAUGUUACUUCAUAUAGAAGCGGCUCCUCAGGCACCUGUGUUUAUUUUCUUGAUUUUCAGUCUUAGAGCCAGUUUAGUUUCGCGUAGCAAUUCGUGUAGGAAUUGGUGUCACGCAAGCCAUGGCUUGGCCAUCCUGCAAUUCUACUGAGGAGAAUGCGACGAUCCACGAGAUCCAUCUCUGGAAUGGAGGGGUCACGUUUCAUAAUUUAAGCGUGAUUCUUUGCGCUAUAUUUACAGUGAUAUCUUUUAUUCUAGUCAGUAUUUUGAUCAUUGGCCACACCACACACUAUAGCAGACCGGCCGAGCAGAGACAUAUACUUCGAAUUCUGUUCAUGAUUCCGAUAUACUCGAUUACGUCCUUCCUCUGCGUGUACUUUUAUAAGAAAACAGUUUAUUUCGAACUCAUUGGCAAUUGCUACGAGCCUUUUGCCAUUGCAUCUUUCUUCACUUUGCUCUGUAACUAUAUCGUUCCAGACCUUCACAGCCAAAAGGAAUACUUCCGACACAUUCAGCCGAAAAACUGGGUUUGGCCAAUUCCUUGGAUGCAGAAAUGCACUGGUGGACAAAAUGGGAUUUGGCGUAAGCCUCGUAGCGGUUUGACCUGGUUCAACGUUGUAUGGAUCGGCGUGUUUCAAUAUUGCUUCAUUCGUGUGGUGAUGACAGUUAUUGCUGUUGCCGCAGAGUCUGUCAAUCUCUAUUGUGAAAAUUCGGAUAAUCCAGCAUUUGCCCACAUUUGGGUUCUCAUUAUCGAGUCAGUCGCGGUGACAAUCGCUAUGUAUUGUUUGAUCCAAUUCUAUAUCCAGAUCAAAGAAGAUAUUGCGCAGCAUCGGCCGUUUUUGAAGAUUCUGUGCAUCAAGCUAGUGAUUUUCUUGUCGUUCUGGCAGUCUACGAUAAUUGACUUUCUAACCUCUUCCGGCGCUAUCAAGUCAUCUGAAAAAGUUUCUCUGCAAGACUGGAACAAUGCACUGCCAAACCUGCUCAUCUGCAUCGAGAUGUCCUUGUUCGCAAUUCUCCAUUUCUGGGGCUUUCCGUGGCAGCCGUACGUCAUCAACAAGCAGAACAUUGGGGCUCAAGGGAGCCAAACGUAUCACGGAGGAUGGCUAGGAGCGGCAGCCAUAAUUGAUGCCAUCAACCCAUGGGAUCUUUGCAAAGCGGUUGCACGUGGCCUGCGGUGGUUGUUUGUCGGUCGCAAGCGACGCACUUUCGACCCCAGCUAUCAUCUCGCGGCAGAUAGGGAGUCGCAGGAACAGCAAGAGUAUCAACAACUGACAGAGAGAGUUUAACUUGCGAUUUUUCGGUUAAUGCCGAGAGAGGUGAGAUCGAGCUGUUGCUUCUUCUGGGACACCUAAUAAUAAUGUGAUGACCUAACAUGAAUGAAUAUCGACCAUGAUUAGCUAUAUUUACAACGUUUAGACGAGAGAAUCUCGAGAUUUUGCAGUUUUCCGUAAAGUUAGCAGACCCCGUAUGGAAAGUCGUUUGAUUUGUAGGCAUACAC